CUCAGCUACUCUUUUUCCGUAGAAGAAGAAAUUCCCAUCGGAGUCUAACCCGAGUCAUCCUCCUCUCUCUCUCUCUCUCUCUCUCUCUCUCUCUCUCUCUGCAACUCCAUCUCGGUCUCUGGAUCAGAUCUGAAAUUCUGAUCCACCAUGUCUUGCUUAGCCCUCUCUCUCCAACCCGCCAAUGGAUCCGACAUCCUCCUCCAAACCCGAGAAUGGUUCCCUCCCGCUUGCGCCCUCGUCGCCGUCUCCUCCUUCCGCGAAACCCGCCUCGCCUUCGCCGCCUCCAAACACCACCACCAGACCACCUCCUCCUCCGCCGACUCCAUCGCCUCCCUCGGCGACGACCCCCUCGCCGCCUCCUCCGGCCAGCUCAUCGUCGGCGUCGAGAGCCGCUUCCGCGUCGUCUACCGCCUCGUCAACUCGAUCUACGUCCUCGGCAUCACCACCGCCGACCACGACAACUCCAUCAACGUCUUCGAGUGCAUCCACAUCGUCAACCAGGCCGUCAGCGUCGUCGUCACCGCCUGCCGCGGCGUCGACGUCACCCCCGAGAAGCUCGCCCGCAAGUACGCCGAGGUCUACAUGGCCCUCGACAUCGUCCUCCGCGGCGUCAGCAACAUCCGCCUCGCCGCCAUGCUCUCCGCCAUGCACGGCGACGGCAUUGCCAAGAUGGUCCACUCCGCCGUCGACACCGAGAACAAGAUCCGCGGCGCCGAGAGCUGGAGAGGCCUCGAGGUCCUCGCCGUCGACCACGACGUCGCCAUUGCCGCCUUCAACAGCACAGCCUUCGAAUUGCCGCCGGAGACAAUCGCCGCCGGGGACGAGGUGGCGGCGAGCCUGGCGCCGGCUGUGCAGGGCGACGAGAGGGAUCAGAAGGAGGUGGAGGAAGAGAUUGAAGCCGAGAAGGAUCCAUUCGCAGCUAGCGAGAAGAUUAAUCAGCCUCCAGAAUUGGUGGAUGGUUUCAAGAAGAACAAGGAUCCUUCGGCCGCCGACUUACAGCUGGCUCUGGCUACCCUUGACAUGACUCAAUUGCCCCCUGCAGAGGCCACGCAGUCCACUCACAUUGCCGUCGAAGGGUUUGAAGGCAAGUAUGGUGGCAUUGAGUUUCUAGAUGAGAAGCAGGCUUCUUUGAAUGAGGCUUUCGAAGGGUUCUCUGAUGCUUGGGGUGGUGGUCUGGAUGCUUCUGAGUUUGUUGGGACGAAGAAGGAGAAGAAAUCAGAAGGGCUUGGUGGCCUGGAAUUGUUGCAGACCGGACCGGAUCCUCCUAAGGCUGCUGCGGCAGGUACUCCUCUCGAGGAGCUUGUGGGGAAAACUGAAAUGAAGGGUCCUGAGAUGAACAUUGUGGAAGAGAUCAGCGUGGAGUUUAGGGAGUCAUUACUUGCUAGAGUAGCGUUGAAGGGUGUUGUUUAUUUGAAAACUCUGCCGACCAAAACUAGUGGGGAUAAGGAAACCGAGUUUUCCUUUAAGGUUGAGGGAACCAGCGCAGUUAAGAGGUUUAUUAUGCAGAAUUCUCGGAUUAGUAAUCUAGGCAAUGGCAUGUUUCAUGUGAGGACCGCUGCUUCUGAUGAGCCUCUACCCAUAUUGAAGUAUAGUCUGCAACCUAGGUUGACCCCAUUGCCUUUGAGAGUUCGUCUUGUGCAACGUCACACGGGGAGCUUGCUGUCAGUGAUGAUACAAUAUGUGUCGAACCCUGAGUUGCCAGCACCUUUGACUGAUGUGACAUUUGUUGUGCAACUACCCCUUGAUCCUACAUUGUUGAAGGUCUCACCGAAAGCUGUAUUAAAUCGGUCUGAAAAAGAACUGAAAUGGCAUGUGCCUGAAAUUCCAUUGAAUGGACCAUCUGGUCGGUUGAGGGUAAGGAUGCCUGUAGAUUCUAAUGAAGAAGAUGGUGGUGAGGAGAUUGAAGUUGUUGCCUAUGUGAAGUUUUCUUGGCAAGGAAACAGAUCAUUAUCUGGAGUUUCUCUGCGGCCAGCUUCUGAGGGUGUGGCAGACUUUUAUGAGGUUAAUCACAGGUAUGAGAGUGGGGUAUAUAUGUGCAAUUGACCCAUGAUGAAAUCACUUUUACAUUGUAACUUGUAGAGAAUUUGUAUCUGUUUUUUUCCCUCUGUUUUGAUAGAUUGUCGAUUGGUUGUGAUUGUAGCUUUUUUUUUU